AUGUCUAGAGUGUCGAUUACACCAAAAGACCAACAGACAACACCAAGCAACAAGAUGUUUGUCAUCAAAAGAGAUGGCACAAAGGCUAAUGUACAAUACGACAAGAUCACAUCAAGACUACAAUAUUUGUGUGACCUUGAGCCAAAGAUUAAUAAUGUUGACCCUUCAGAGGUCACACAAAAAGUGGCCAGUGGCGUGUUCCCAGGUGUGAGGACAACUGAGCUGGACAACCUGGCUGCAGAGACCGCCGCCUACAUGUCCACCAGACAUCCAGAUUAUGGUGUGCUGGCCGCUCGUAUCUCUGUGAGCAACCUCCACAAGCAGACCAGCACCAGCUUCCUCGAGACCGUCACCAAGCAGUACACCUACUGCAGUCCCAAGACUGGCCAGCCCGCGCCACUCGUCUCUGAGGAGCUCUACCAGAUCGUCAAGGCCAACUCUGAGCUGCUUGAGAAGACCAUCGACUACAGACGUGACUUUGACUACGACUUCUUUGGCUUCAAGACCUUGGAGAGAAGCUACCUGCACAAGGUCAACGACGAGAUCGUCGAGCGUCCACAACACAUGCUCAUGAGAGUGUCCAUUGGCAUUCAUGGUGCAGACAUCAACGCCGCCAUCGACACCUACAACCUGCUCUCGCAGCGUAUGUUCACACAUGCCACCCCCACCCUGUUCAACUCGGGCACGCCCACUCCUCAGAUGUCGUCCUGCUUCCUCGUUCAAAUGAAGGAGGACUCGAUCGACGGCAUCUACGACACACUCAAGCAGUGUGCCCUCAUCUCCAAGUCGGCCGGAGGCAUCGGUGUGGCCAUUCACAAGAUCAGAGCGUCCCGCUCCUACAUCCGUGGCACUAACGGUACAUCCAACGGCCUCGUCCCAAUGUUGCGUGUGUUCAACGACACUGCUCGCUACGUGGACCAGGGAGGUGGUAAGCGCAAGGGAUCAUUCGCCGUCUACCUCGAGCCAUGGCACGCAGACAUCUUUGACUUCCUUGACCUUCGCAAGAACCACGGCAAGGAGGAGAUGCGUGCUCGUGACCUGUUCUAUGCCCUCUGGGUGUCGGAUCUGUUCAUGGAGCGUGUGCAGAACAACGCCGAGUGGAACUUGUUCUGUCCAAAUGAGGCACCAGGCCUUGCCGAGUGCUGGGGCGACGACUUUAGGAAGCUUUAUCUCCAGUAUGAAGCCACCCCAGGUCUCUCGCGCAGAACCAUAAACGCUCAGGACCUCUGGUUCGCCAUCAUCGAGGCCCAGAUCGAGACUGGCACUCCAUACAUCCUGUACAAGGAUGCCUGCAACUCCAAGUCCAACCAACAGAACUUGGGCACAAUCAGCUGCAGCAACCUCUGCACUGAGAUCGUCCAGUACACCUCACCAGACGAGGUGGCCGUGUGCAACCUGGCUUCGAUCGCCUUGCCCAAGUACAUCCGUCAGCGUGAGGGAUCCACCAACCCCAAGGACCUAGUGUUUGAUCACCAGCGUCUCUUUGAGGUCACCAAGACAAUCACACGCAACCUUAACAAGAUCAUUGAUCGCAACUACUACCCCGUGCCCGAGGCUCGCACAUCUAACAUGCGCCACAGACCAAUUGGCAUCGGUAUCCAGGGUCUGGCUGAUGUAUUCAUCGCCCUUAGGUAUCCAUUCGAGUCGACCAACGCCACCGCACUCAACAAGGAGAUUGCCGAGACCAUAUACUUUGCCGCACUGACCGCCUCGAGCGAGCUGGCCAUUGAGCAUGGACCCUACCAGUCGUUCCCCGGCUCGCCAGCCAGCAAGGGAAUCCUGCAGUACGACUUUUGGAACGUCACACCCACUGCACGCUGGGACUGGAAUGGCCUAAAGAAGACGAUCGUGUCAACAGGACUUCGCAACAGUCUGUUGAUUGCCCCAAUGCCCACUGCAUCCACCUCCCAGAUCCUCGGCAACAACGAGGCGUUUGAGCCAUACACCAGUAACAUCUACAGUCGUCGUGUCCUUGCCGGAGAGUUCACCGUGGUCAACAAGCAACUGCUGCAGGAUCUUAUGGAGUUGGGCCUCUGGACACCAGAGAUCAAGAACGAGAUCAUCGCCAACCGCGGCUCCAUCCAGAACAUCUCGAUCAUUCCCGACGAUCUGAAAGACCUAUACAAGACUGUGUGGGAGAUCCGUCAGCGUGUGCUCAUCGACAUGGCCGCCGACCGUGGCGCAUUCAUCGAUCAGAGCCAGAGUUUCAACGUGUUCAUCGCCGAGCCCAACUUUGCCAAGCUCACCUCGAUGCACUUCUAUGCCUGGAACAAGGGCCUAAAGACCGGCAUGUACUAUCUGAGGACUAGAGCCGCCGCAGAUGCCAUCCAGUUCACCGUGGACCAACAGAUGUUGGCCAAGCAGAAGGAGGCACAGGCCACCACUGAAGAGGCCGAGGCUCAGGUGCUCAAGACACCCACCAAAACACCAACACGUGUUGGCGUUCAAGCAACCAGUCCAACUGUAAUAACAAGUCCACUGCGUUUCAAUGCCCAGUCGACCCAGCAACAAGAGGAGGACUAUGAGAACAUGGUCUGUCGCCGUGAGGAAGGAUGUGUAGUUUGUGGAUCAUAA